AUGAACCUUGAGGAGCGCUUGGCCCAUCUGCAGUGGCGCAAGGUCUGCAACGAGAGCCAGAUCCAGGGGGCGCUCAAGCACACCAAGCAGCUCGUCGACCGGGACACGCUUCUGAACGCAACCGAGUCCAAAGAUGCGUCCAAGUGGGUUCGCCGGGUCGUGCAAACCGAGCUCGCCAAACCGCUCGAGAUUUCGCUCGAGCAGUACGAGCAAAUUUUGCGCGAGAACGACGCCGAGAGCGCAGCGCUGGAGCGAGCGAGUGCGCUGCAUGCCACGAGCGUGGCGGUGAUCCAAGCGAAAAUGAAAUUACGAGAAGAGCAUGCUAAGCGACUGCGUCAGUACCGCAAGCACAAGCAGCUGCUUCUCAAGCAAGACGACGCAGCAGGUAGCCCCGAUCGCCAUCACCACCAUCACCACAAGGACAACAACGACCCGCCGUCGAACAGAGGCAAGCACUAG